AUGCGCUUCACUACGCUUAUCCUCUACGUCGGAGCCGCGCUUGCGAUCGCAGCACCAGCUGUCCUGGCCGCUCCUUCCGAAGUCAAGAUGUGCGGAAGUCACGAAAUCGCCCCUGCCGAGGUGGAACAAGCAAUCGGAAACAGGAUCGCUGCAGCUCGCCUGAGCAGCGGCAACCAGAGGAGCGCAGCCGCCAGUGCUGCUGCCGUGUCAGCGAACAUUCCCGUGUACUAUCACUUGAUCACGGAUGGCACAAAUGGCAGGAUCUCUUCGAGUGCCAUCAGCAACCAGAUCUCGAUCCUGAACGACAACUACGCCGGCACUGGAUUGACCUUCUAUCUUGCUAGCACUGACACUACGACCAACUCUGAUUGGUUCAACAACGUCAAUCAAGGAACGUCGCAGGAACGCGCCAUGAAGUCUGCUCUUCGAAAAGGCGGCUCAAACGCACUCAACGUUUACACAGUGAGCUUCGGUUCCUCAGGACUGCUGGGUUACGCGACGUUCCCUUGGAGCUAUCGUUCCAACCCUUCGAACGAUGGCAUCGUAUUGGACUGGCAGACGUACCCUGGAGGUCCGAUCACCAACUACCAGGCUGGCAAGACGCUGGUGCACGAAGUUGGUCACUGGGCUGGCCUGUACCAUGUCUUCCAAGGCGGCUGCACCGGCAGCGGUGACUACGUUGAUGACACACCGCCUCAAUCUACCGUGACUCGUGGGUGCCCCGCGAGCCAGGAUUCUUGCGCCGGCGGCGGCGUCGACAGCAUCCACUCGCACAUGGACUACAGUUAUGAGUCGUGCAGAACGCUCUUUACCAAUGGACAGAUCGCGCGGAUCGGUGCUGCCAUGGACUCCUACCGAGUUUGA